AGCUGGCUCUUACAUCUGCCACAUUCUCUAAGUGUUUUUUCUACUGUAACAAAUUCUUCACUCAAUUUGCUUUAGAAUAAACACUUGUCACUUGUAGCAAAACGAAAUGAAGAUGUUUGCAGCAGAGAAAUCGCAAAAGUAUCCGGCAAUGCCAGAGGUAGUCGAGGAGCUAAAGACAAUAUCAGACAUAGGUUUGCCAAUAGUGGCUAUGAGCUUGGUGGGGUAUCUGAAAAAUAUGAUUUUAGUUGUGUGCAUGGGAAGACUUGGAAGCCUUGAACUCGCAGGCGGGGCUUUAGCCAUCGGCUUCACAAACAUCACCGGCUAUUCGGUUUUAUCAGGUUUGGCCAUGGGGAUGGAGCCCCUUUGUGGCCAAGGUUUUGGUUCAAAAAACCUGACCUUAGUAUCUCUCACUCUAAAGAGAACAAUUCUUAUGCUACUUCUUGCUUCAGUAGCUAUUGGAUUGUUAUGGCUUAACCUUGAACCUCUCAUGCUUGUCCUCCAUCAGGACCCCGAUAUAACAAGAGUUGCUAGCAUUUAUUGUCGCUAUGCCAUCCCAGACCUCAUCGCUAAUAGCCUUCUUCAUCCUUUACGUAUUUAUUUGCGUAGUAAAGGGACAACAUGGCCACUAAUGUGGUGCACCUUACUCUCAAUUGUUUUUCACCUCCCUAUUACUAUUUUUUUGGCCUUCAAUCUUGGUCUUGGUGUGCCUGGAAUCGCAAUUUCCAAUUUCAUUUCCAAUUUUAACACCCUUUUCUUCCUUGUUUGUUACAUGUACUAUACUCGCACCCCAAAUGAACCAGUAUGUACACCAUUAACAACUGAUCAGUCUUUGCUACUUUCUUUAAAUAAUUCUUCAUUAGGGGACGAAUGGAGAAUUCUUCUUCAACUCGCCAUACCAAGUUGUUUAGCUGUUUGUUUAGAGUGGUGGUGGUAUGAGUUCAUGACCAUUUUAGCCGGGUAUUUAAUCAAUCCUCGCGUUGCUCUUGCAACAUCAGCUUUAGUGAUACAAACAACAUCGCUAAUGUACACAUUGCCAAUGGCUCUAAGUGCAUCUGUAUCGAGUCGAGUAGGGAACGAACUUGGAGCGGGGAGGCCAGAGAAGGCGCGUUUGGCCACAGCGGUAGCGAUAGGAUUAGCCUUAUUUGUGUCAGUAUUCGGGUUGCUAGGGACAACUCUCGGGAGAGAAGCAUGGGGGAAAGUUUUCACUAAAGAUAGCGAAGUUCUUGAGCUAACUAAGACUGUCCUACCCAUUAUUGGAUUAUGUGAGCUAGCAAAUUGUCCACAAACCACAAGUUGUGGGAUUCUUAGAGGAAGUGCUAGGCCCGGAAUUGGGGCAACCAUAAACUUUUACUCAUUUUACUUGGUGGGUGCACCAUUGGCGAUAGUUUUAGCCUUUGUUUGGAAAUUAGGCUUUGUGGGUCUGUGUUAUGGGCUUCUUGGGGCUCAAAUUGCAUGUGUAAUGUCAAUUUUAACUGUGGUGUUCAACACAGAUUGGGAAAAAGAGUCGAUCAAGGCCGCAGACCUGGUGGGCAAAAGUAACACUUCGGCACAUGCAGACCGAACAGUCAAAUGUGAAGAAGGUCUUGUUGGUUUCCUUAAAGAAGUUGAUUUUGAAAAGUGAAAUAGAGACUUGGCUUGGAGGUAACACAUACUAAAAGAUACAGCGGCCAUGCAUUGACAGGACAAAAUUCAAAUGACUCUUUUUAUCUCUUGAUGAUUAUUUCCCAUACUCAUUAUAUGUAUGUGUUUGUUUUGUCAUUUUCUUAUUUUUUGUCCUUUACUUUUCUUUUUUCUAUACACCUAUGUCACCACUCACCACCUUACGUUGGAUUGUGA